UCGAGUCAAACUUGAAUCCACCACAUAAAAUGGUUUACUAAACAAAUCAGGUAACUUGUGAAAUAAUCCAUGGUUCAUUUGACAGAAGAAACAUCAGGGAAAAACUUUAAUCCAAGAAAAAAGAGCAAAGUGGUUUUGCUAAGCAACAGAGCAGCAGCAAAGUUAUGCUGUGCACGUGUAUUGUGACGUCAAGACAAGGACAUCAUGAAGUCCCUAAGUAAACGAAGCUGUUUAAAUUUCAAAACUUCUCUCCGUCGCUCCAAAACGACACCAAUGAAACAAUAUCAAGUAAACGAUUAUUAGCAAGUCAAGGAACUGUUUGAUAACGCAACAAAGAGUGAAAACUCGAGGAUUAGGUUUGCCAACACAAUGAAAACCCGCCAUAUGAGUAUCAAAGGUGUCUUUACUCUCUUCGGUGGCUUGAUCUUUGGUUUUACCGUGGCUCUUAUCCUAAGGCAACAAAUCCUUCCUGUUCCAACUCACCGUUGCCAAAUCUAUAAUUUAAAAACUGACACAAGACCAAGAGARAUAGCCAAAGAACUUGGCAUGCGAAAACUUGUCUUCAUUGGAGUUAUGACUGCAGAGAAAUUCCUUGACACUCGCGCCAAAGCGGUUUACGAAACGUGGGGCAAAAAAGUGCCGGGGAAAUUACAAUUUUUCUCUAGUAAGGGGUCCAAAGAUAACCCCGAGUUACCCAUAGUUAGUCUACCUGGUGUUGACGAUUCGUAUCCACCACAACGCAAGUCAUUGAUGAUGUUAAAAUACAUGCACGAUCACUAUAUYGACCAGUAUGAAUGGUUUAUGAGAUCCGACGACGAUGUUUACAUCAGAAGYAAUAAACUCUCUGAAUUUCUACAUUCGCUCAACAGUUCGCAAGAUAUUUAUGUAGGCCAAGCUGGAACAGGUGCAAAAGCUGAGAAAGGCCUCUUGGGGUUAGGGUACGGAGAUAACUUUUGUAUGGGAGGCCCAGGGGUGAUUAUGACCAGAAGCGUUCUAAAGAAAGUGGUWCCUCAUGUCGAGCAUUGUCUGCAAAAUCUAUACACAACUCACGAAGACGUGGAAGUCGGACGGUGYAUCAAGAAGUUUGUUGGAGUUUCUUGUACCUGGUCUUUUGAGAUGCAAGCAUUAUUUUACCACAACCAAAGUAAAUCUCAAGCCUACCAUGGCAACCUUGACACAAAGUCAGUGCGCAAAGCAAUAACCCUCCAUCCUAUMAAGAAUCCCCCUUACAUGUAUCGACUGCACUCACACUUCAUGGGAAUGGGAAUUCAAAACCUUCAACACAAAGCAGUGAAGCUCCAACGAGUGCUACGUAAUAUGGAUGUCUUGCUGAAUUUAAGCAGCCAUAGUUUGUCCACAGAAAGGAAAAUACAUCUUCAAGACAUAAGAGACUUUCACUCGCAGUUGCACCAUGACCACAUUGAAUCAUGGGAUAUGUUUACAGCAACAAAGUUUUACUCUGAUGUAACMCUACAGCCACCUGAAACAGGAAUGAGRGAUCCAUUGAAGAGUGGCCUGAAYAAAGUACUGGGACAGACAAUGGGGCUUAUCAAUGACGAGGCACGUACUGUAUUACAUCGGAGCUUAGAAUUUAUGAAACUAAACCAUGGUUACAUCAGAGUACAUCCUCUUUACGGUGCGCAGUAUAUGCUUGAUAUGCUGAUGAAAUAUCAUCGGCAUCUUGGSCACAAUCGCCGAAGGAUGACAGUUCAUGUACGUCAUCAUGCGUAUCUUCAACAGCCKUUUGGUAACUUGGUAUUUCAUGCUGAGCCUGCYGUUACAUCAUCUACUGCUGUGAAUUUUAUCCUCCCACUUGCUGGCCGCUAUGAAACCUUUGUGAGAUUUAUGGAAAACUUUGAAACAGUUGUUUUUCAAAAACAUGAGAAUGUAAAGCUAUUGGUGGUUUAUUUUACCUCAGUAGAAGAACCAAGUAAACAUAAAGUAUUGUUGGAAAAAUACCGCAAGCGUUACCCCGAAGCUGAUUUACUAUGGAUUGAAGCUCUUGGAGACUUCUCUAGAGGUCUGGGUCUUACUUUAGGCGCCAAUCAGUUUGAUACAUCUUCUCUUUUAUUUUUUUGUGACGUUGAUUUACUUUUCGAUGGAGAAUUCCUAAACCGAUGUCGUAGUAAUACAAUUCUAGGAAAACAGGUUUAUUACCCAAUGGUUUUUAGUCAGUUUGAUCCUAAAGCAACUUACAUGAAUGMACAGCAAAGAAACCACUUUAAUUUGGAUAAAAAUGCUGGCUUCUGGCGGACUUAUGCCUUUGGGAUUGUGUGUAUGUAUCAAAGUGACUUAAAAGCGGUUGGAGGUUUUGAUACGACCAUUCGAGGAUGGGGACUUGAAGACGUAGARCUCUUYGAAAAGUUUAUAAAAAAUGACAACAUAGAUGUCUUUCGGGGAGCUGAUCCUGGACUUAUUCACGUCUACCAUCCAGUUGUUUGCGACCCAAACUUGGUAGAUCGACAAUGGGAGAUGUGCAGGUCAUCAAAAGCCUCUGGUUUUGCAUCUCAAUACUCCACACUUCAGAUAUUAAUUAAGAAAGGGUUUAAAAGUAGUUAAAGUUAGGUUUUUCUAAUAGUUAGGGAGGUUUUUGUAUAAUAAAUUAUUGUCAUAUCAGUGACUGGUUCAUUCUGCCUUUUUUGGAGAUGCCGACUGUUUUAAUUCACAGCUCAAGAUACAGACUGAUCAUACUUGUCUAAAACCUUCAGACACACACUAUUAUGCAUUAUAAAAAAAAUAAAAUCUUAAAAAAGUUA